UCUCAGUUUGGCGUGUUCUGCGGGUGAGGAGCCUGGCUGCGCACCGUGGUCAUCCGCCACGCAGUCCGCAGCCGCGGCCGCCAUUGUAAGCCGUUCUGAGGUGAGGAGGAGCGGAAAGGCUAGAGACGGGACACAUGUCCCCGAGUCGGCAAUGUAUAAUGAUAGAAUGAGAAGAGGGUCGCGUCGCGUCGCGCGCAGGCGAGACAAUCGCGUCCCGCGCCUUCCCGUACCCCGUGCGGCCCUUCACUUUGAGGCACACAACAUGGCCAGGCACAGACGCGUGGUAUUCCCCGUCUCCUCAUACUCACACCUCAUACACCGCCGCCACGCCCGCCAGUCGCCAGCUGCCAACCGCCGCUCCUCGACAUCUCUGACGGUACUCUGCAUUGGCGUUCUUAUGUCUCACUCGUCAUGCGCCCCCGAGAGGUUUCCGCACCCGCCCCGCGAGGUGAUGAUGGACUCACCAUGGUUCCAGAGCAGUGUUUCUGGUGCCUGGUUAACGGGAAAGGAGUUGCUAUAUUACGGUCCAUGAAAGAACCGAAGGCCGAUGAAAUUUGUUAAUGAACUGCAGGCGUCGUGCAUGCGUUUAAAGAUGAACUGCGGUGCAUGAGAGAAGUGGAUGGUACUGGAUGGUUGGU